AUGGAUGACGGUGCGAAAGCUACCGGGGUGGAGACGAAUAUUAAUUCUUUGGGAGGAGAGAGGCAUACAAAAUCGAGUGAUGGCACGGCUGCAGCCGGCAGCGGAAGCUUUGAAAUGGCUGAUGAUCGAGCCACUGGAGAUCAGAUAGAUGGAGAGAUAUUGGAGCACGCCAUUGAAAAUUUGGAGUCCAAAAAGAAAGCAUGGUGGGCAUAUUUGCUUACACGGGACUUUUGGAUGGUCUUGAUUCUUGGACAAAUUCUUUCCCUAUGUAUUACGGCUACCAAUACUUUCACUACACUCCUUGCAAAUAAAGGCACUUCAAUUCCAGCUUUUCAAACUCUUUUCAAUUAUGUUCUUUUGUGCGCCAUCUACACGACGUAUACUAUUCACAAGUAUGGAUGGAGGAAUUACUUGAAGCUCCUUUGGGUAGAUGGCUGGAAAUAUGUCAUUUUGUCUUUUAUGGAUGUCGAGGGAAAUUAUUUCACUGUGUUGGCUUAUCGAUGGACUAAUGUCUUAAGCGCCCAACUUAUUAAUUUUUGGUCCAUCGUUUGCGUUGUAGUCGUCUCGUUCUGUUUCCUCGGUGUUCGAUACAAGUGGCUUCAAGUCAUUUCCAUUCUAGUCUGUUGUGGUGGAAUGGGUAUCCUCCUCGCAUCUGAUCACAUUACUGGUUCCAAUGGAGGUAACCCGCCCACCAUGUUGAAAGGUGACCUUUUUGCAUUAGCUGGCGCUACCCUGUACGGUCUCUCAAACGUUUUUGAAGAAUGGUUCGUUUCCAAACGUCCCAUGUACGAAGUCCUAGGCAUGCUUGGUCUUUUUGGCAUCAUCAUCAAUGGUAUCACGGCCGCCAUAUUCGAUCGCCACUCAUUCGAAACCGCCGUCUGGGACGGCGAGGUCGGAGGCUAUAUUGUUGGAUACACACUCGCUCUUUUUCUGUUCUAUACACUCGCUCCUAUCAUUUUGCGAAUGGCCUCUGCGGCAUUCUUUGAUAUCUCGCUUCUCACGGCUAAUUUCUGGGGUGUUGUUAUCGGCAUCAACGUUUUCGGAUAUACUAUUUACUACUUGUAUCCAAUUGCAUUUGUGUUGAUCAUCCUGGGACUGUUCGUAUAUUUCUUAUCCGGAAGUAUGCUGGGAGAUGCAGUCAAACCGUGGUUGGGCAAAGAUCAACAGGGCGGUGUUGCAGGUGUAGGAACCGCGAAGUUGAAGGCUAUUAAUGAAGCGAGAAGGGAGGGUCUUGUUAAUUCUGGGGAGGGAAUGGCUUAA